AUGAGCUCUGCAACAGCAAUCGGAAAAUGGAAGCACACCGUCCUCUACCUAACCCUAAUCAUCUCACUGAUCUACUCCAUCGAAUCCCUAAUCUCCCACAAGCUACACAUCAACCACAACAAAAUCCGUCUCAAAAGGUCUCCGAAUCUCCCUCUACGCUUCCGCGACGAUGGAACCUUCAAGAUCCUCCAGGUCGCGGAUAUGCAUUACGGUAUGGGGAGUAUCACUCGAUGCAGAGAUGUGUUGGAUGCAGAAUUCGAUUACUGCUCCGAUCUCAACACCACUCGGUUCCUUCGGGGGAUGAUCGAAGCUGAGAGACCCGAUUUGAUCGCAUUUACUGGGGAUAAUAUAUUUGGAUCAAGCACUACUGAUGCAGCUGAAUCGCUUCUUCAAGCCAUUGGUCCAGCCAUUGAAUAUGGAAUCCCAUGGAUCAAUCCACCAGUGGAGGAUGACGACGGAGAUCAAGGCGCGUUGAGAUUGAUUGAUGGGUUUGGGAAUUACCGCCUCAGAGUACACGGUGCACCUGGUUCGGUGCUGUCGAAUAGCACAGUCUUUUACCUCCUGUUUCUUGACAGUGGAGAUAGGGAGACAGUCCAAGGUAGACGAACAUAUGGAUGGAUCAAGGAUUCUCAGCUUCGUUGGCUUCAAGAUACUUCUAAACAGGGUGAUAACCAAAGCAUUACUGGUAAUCCUCCAGCGUUAGCCUUCUUCCACAUCCCAAUCCCGGAAGUCCGUGACCUGUGGUACACACCCUUUAUUGGCCAGUUUCAGGAGGGUGUGGCAUGCUCCGUCGUUCAGUCAGGACUCUUACAGACCUUUGUGUCCAUGGGAAAUGUAAAAGCCGCAUUCAUAGGACACGACCAUGUCAAUGACUUCUGUGGAAAUCUAAAAGGGGUAUGA